UGCAGGGGGUGGAGGUGGCGGUUUCUACGGCGGUGUAGCGACGCGCGUCUACCAACAUCUGCAGCGCAGCAAGAUGCAACAACAGCAACAGCAGCAGCAACAGCAACAGCAACAAGAAUCAUGGGAAUUGGAGAGACGAUAUUCGGUACCGGGUGGGCUUGACACGAGAUGUCUCGAGGAGUCGUCGAGCGGUCAACAUCAUCAUCAUCAUCAGCAUCAACAGCACAACGGCAUGAUCGGGACGUUGGCUCAACAGGCGGCUGCCCAGGCGAACGGCGGUGUCGCGAUGGCGGCUCAGCCACCGGCGAGCGAGGAUCUGCACGCCUGGUCGAUUUACAGACAGAACCUCAACUCGGACUUCACGGACUCGGCGCUGGGCUCGGCCGAGAAGUCGCCCCUGCCCUACGGCAACUUUCAGCUGCGCGACUCCACGGUGCAGUCGAUACUGCGCCAUCCGCGCUACGGGCCGCGCAGCCCACUCGCGGCCUCCAACUCCUACACGUACUUGAAGUUCGGCCUUCCCCGGGUACUGCCGCCCGGCGGCGGCGGAGGUGCUUCGUCGUCGACGGCUACCACGCGCCAAGGAGCUUCGGCCGGAGGAGGUACAGCAGGCGGCGGCGGCGGCCGGGACGCGGCCGGCUCGAGCGGCUACGAUUCCAGCGAAGAGGGUCGGGUCAGGGCUGCACAGAUGCAGCAGCAGGCGGCAGCGGCGGCCGCGGCUGGCAAUAGAUUGUCGGCCUUCGCCGCGUGUCUGCCCGGCGGCGGUGGUGGAGGUAUGAUGAGGAGCGCCCGCAGCGAUCCGGAUUUUCGCAAUGCCGUCGUUACGAAUCAUCGAGACAGCAGCUCGCACAUGGGCGGCUACUCGGCGGCUCCACACGGCGGUGGUCAACACCAUCACUACCAGCAGCACCAUCAUCAUCAUCCGGCGGCGAGCAGCAGCAUCGGCCUCGGCCACCAUCACAGUCAUCAUUACAACAAGACCGGCCGGGAGUCGCGUCUGCGCAGCGCCAGCGAGGCGAAUCUGCUCCAGUCCUCCGGUUUGUCUGCUGGUGGUACUGGACACUCGAUGAUGGCCUCGUCGUCGCCGAGACCGUCGGCACUGGGCAAUAAUCGUCGACACAGCAUUGCGCCCAUCGAUCCGGGACUGCAUCAUCAUUACGCUCAGCAGCAGCAUCAUCACAACAAUCUUCAUCCGGCGCAUCAUCAGUCGCAGCAAUUGAUUUACAACGAUAAUCGGCAUUUUCACGCGACCGGCGCCUCGAUCGCUUUCCCAUUGCAGGAAGCGGCGGCGGCCGCGGCGGCUGCUGUUACGGCUGUCACGCCGGUGGCCCAGAUGCUGCAGCCUCAUCUGCAGCUGCGCAACGUCGAGGCCAAUGACGCCUCGAGGGUCAAGUCUGGAUCGGCGAUGUAUUUGCGGGGCGUGAGCCUGGAGGCCGGUGCCGGCGAUCUGCUGGCCGUCAUGUCGACGAGCGAGCGCGAGGGCACCCUGAUCCUGGAGACGAUUGCCGGCCGCAGGCGGAUCAAACGCGGCGAGAUACUGCUCAACGGCAGAAUAGUGUCCACCGACAAUUUGAGAACGCGGGUAUCUUACCUAUCCGCCGACAGUCCCGAAGCCGGCCUCUCGCCCAAUCUCACCGUGCACCAGUGCCUGUGCUUCUAUCGUCAUCUGCGCGGCUCGGCGGACGUGUCGUCGCUCGAGGCCGACGGCAUACUGAUCGAUCUCGGCCUCGAGCCGACCAAGCACUGCCUCGUCUCGGCGCUGACCUGCUCCGAGACGCGCCGACUGAGUCUGGGCUGUCGCAUGCUCGAGGGUCUGCAGCUCAUGUGCCUCGACCGGCCCACCCGGGGCCUGGACAUAUUCGACGCCUUCUUCAUCGUCGAGUUUCUCCGGGCCUGGGCGCAGCGCGGCAAUAGACUGGCGGUGCUGACGCUGCACCCGCCCACCUACGAGAUCCUGACGAUGAUCACGAGGAUCACCCUGACGUCGGGCGGCCGAGUCAUGUACUCGGGCCCGAGGCGCGACAUGCUGCCGUACUUCGCGCUGGCGGAAUUCCCCUGUCCGCCGUUCAAGAAUCCGUCGGAUUAUUAUCUCGACCUGGUGACUCUCGACGAUCUCUCGGCCGAGGCGAUGCUCGAGUCGUCGCAGCGCAUCGAGCACCUGGCCGAGCUCGCGCGCGCCCGCCUGCCGGGCCUGAGCGAGCCCCAGGCCUCGGGCUCGGGUCUGCCCACGGCGGCGCGCAGCUCCCACCUCUGCGGCCAGAUCUACGCGCUGUUUCUGCGCAAGCUCGUCUACAGUCAGCCCUGGAGCCUGAAGCGUCUCGUGCUCAAGCUGCUCGUGGCUGUGUCGCUGGGCCUGGCGCUCGGCGCCUGCUUCCAGGGCGUCGCCAACGACUCGAAUCUCCAUCUGAGGGAUCGGGCGGGCUUCCAUUACGCCUGUCUCGGGGUGAUGUUCUGGCCGCUGUGCCUGAUGGGCCUGCAGGAGAUCACGCGCACGAGGCCCUACGCCGAGACGGAUUUCAAGGCUGGCAUAUAUUGGAGAUUCAUCUACAUACUCGUUGAGAUCAUGUGCAGCAUACCCUCCUGGUGUCUGGUCUAUCUGGCCUACCUGGCGCCGGCCUACGCCCUCACCGGCCUCCAUCUGGGCCCGAGCUCGCCCGAGGGCGCCAGCCUGCUCAGCCACGAGGAGAAGCUCGACAACUUCUGGCGCUUCCUCAGCCUCGGCCUCGUCUUUCUCCUGCUCCAGCACUAUCUCUGCUCGCUGCUCUGCCAUCUGUUCGCCACCAGCUGGUCGUUCCUCGGCCUCCUCUGCUCGGGCCUGCUGCUGGGCCAGUCGACCCUCGCCUCGGGCCUCACUCUGCACCUCGGCAAUCUCUACGGCUGGCUGGGUUGGCUCAGUCCGCUGCGCUGGGUCAUGGCGCAGCUGCUGCCGCCGCUGCACAGCCCCGAGACCAUGCAGCGACUCAAGAACUGCAAGGCCAAGCAGAUACAGCGUCAGGACAUCAUAACUCAGAGCGCCUGCGAGAUACCGGACGGCGAGCUGGCCUUGAGGGAGCUCGGCUACUACUACGAUCAAUUGGAUGCUGCCAGUGGGGGGACGACGACGACGAUGAUGACGCUCGACGAGGCUUGGCUGCUGCUGGCCCUGGGCGUGGUGCUGCUGGCCAUCGUCUGCGUGUUCGGCUACUGCAGGCAUCCCAACGCCAAGAACAAGCUCGAGAGCGUGCCCAACAAGCCUUGAUUUCUAUCUGCCAUAAUAAUAUGCAUUUUUUCUGUUUUUUUUUUGCUCCUUCUAAAACGUAAUAUUUACGUCGAGAACGGAGAGAGAAGAAAAUGAUAGUAUCUAGAUAGAAGCUGUACGGCGGUUAAUUAAUCAAUUUGUUAUGUUUUGCUCUCUAUAUAUCUCAUCUCCGCCAUAAGUACACGAAACUCCGUCGCGAAACAGGUGUGCAAUAACGCUAAUUAAUGAUUCGCUUUUUCUGUAUAUCGCGAUAAUGUCGUAUCGAAAGGCGAGCGAAAAAUAAAAAAAGAAGCGAAAUAAAAUUAUUAAUUUUCUUGAAAGCCUUCUCUAUGCUACAGUAGUAGAACAUUUAUAACACGUGCGGUGCCAUUUGCGAGCUGCCUCAUUAUAUUUUUCUGUAUAUUUCGUCGAAGCUCGCAAAAUAAAAAAAAAACAAAAAAAGAAAAAUGUUUUUCUCCAGGUGCCUCUCGAUUUUAAUGCGUAUAUUUUAUAUUUAACGUGUGUAUCUAUUUUAUAAGUUUAUUAAUUACUUAUUAUGAUUAUUAUUAUAUGAGACCAACGAUUCAUGUCAAAGACUUAAUUAAAUUAAGUAUACAAAUGUUUGUAAAUAAUAAUGAUGUUUAAUCUCGUUGUAUCCGAUACAUUAUCGUACGAUAAUAGUUAUAUUAAUUUAGGUGAGAAAAAAGUGUUGUUUUUUUUUGGACUCAAUUCAAUGUAAACGAUAAAAGUCGUACUUUUUAUCGUAUUUCUAUUGAACCGACCCGAGAAAUUUUUUCGUUUGUUUCGUUAGAAUUAUCGCGAUAUAUAUUAGGUAAAAAUCACAUAAAGGAACUCGCGCAAUCAAAACGAAAUCUCGUUUCAAUUAUUUUUUUUUUCCUUUCAUUGGCAUAAUAUAACAUCACGCACAAAACAUUAAGAAUCGAGUACGGAAGUUUCCGCAUUAACGCAGUGACGAAAUCCGAAUCGGCGAUCGUGUGAAUAAAAAUACGUACUAUACGCGUAAUUGGUCGCGCGCAUAACAAGCGGAUGAAUAACACGAUCAACGACGUGGUAUACGUUGGGCAAGUAAUAAUAAUUCCAUUCAUAAAUUAGAAUUAGAUGUACGCGUCGCUGCGCGCGGGGGGAGCUCGGGAGUUUUUUUAAAACGAUUAUAAAAAGUCCGAGAGAGAUACAAUUACGAAAGACACACGAUGCUUGUGGUACACACACACACAACGAGUGCAUGUGACAAGGAUCGAUGCUCGUAUUAAACCGUCCAAAUACGUCGAUAAUUUUAUAAUAAUAAUAUCGUAACGAUAAUUGCCUGUAAUAAUGCGUGAUUGGC